AGAACACAUGUGCGUUGAGUGAAGCGGCUCAUUAUAUCAUUCUCAAUCUGCUGCACAGAAGGUCAACCGCUUCUCCUCAUUCUCUUCCAAGUCACUGUUCAAAAUGCUGCGUUUACCCAGUGUGAUGAGACAGAUGAGGCCAGUGUGUAGGGCGCUGGCCCCACACCUGACCCGGGCAUAUGCCAAGGAUGUCAAGUUUGGAGCAGAAGCCCGGGCCCUCAUGCUCCAGGGAGUUGACCUAUUGGCUGAUGCUGUGGCUGUUACCAUGGGACCAAAGGGUCGCACUGUUAUCAUCGAGCAGAGUUGGGGAAGCCCUAAAGUCACCAAAGAUGGUGUCACAGUGGCCAAAAGUAUCGAUCUGAAGGAUAAAUACAAGAACAUUGGAGCAAAGCUAGUACAGGAUGUUGCCAACAACACUAAUGAGGAGGCUGGAGAUGGUACCACAACUGCCACAGUGCUGGCCCGUGCUAUUGCCAAGGAGGGAUUUGACACCAUCACCAAAGGUGCCAACCCUGUGGAGAUCCGUAAAGGAGUCAUGAUGGCGGUAGAAGCAGUCAUCAAUGAACUCAAGAAACUGUCUAAGCCAGUCACAACACCAGAAGAAAUUGCUCAGGUGGCCACCAUAUCUGCCAAUGGAGACGUUGAGGUUGGUACCAUCAUCUCCAAUGCCAUGAAGAAAGUUGGACGCAAAGGUGUUAUUACAGUAAAGGAUGGUAAAACCCUACAUGAUGAGCUUGAGAUAAUUGAGGGAAUGAAGUUUGACCGUGGCUACAUUUCUCCUUAUUUCAUCAACACUGCUAAAGGUCAGAAGUGUGAGUUCCAAGAUGCUUAUCUGCUUCUGAGUGAGAAAAAGAUCUCCAGUGUACAGAGCAUUGUUCCAGCACUGGAAAUUGCCAACCAACAUCGCAAGCCUCUGGUUAUUGUGGCUGAAGAUGUGGACGGAGAGGCACUCAGCACUUUGGUGCUCAACAGGUUAAAGGUUGGACUUCAGGUCGUUGCAGUCAAGGCUCCGGGAUUCGGGGACAACCGCAAGAACCAGCUUCAGGAUAUGGCAAUUUCUACUGGAGGCACGGUGUUUGGUGAGGAGACUUUGGGUCUGGCCCUUGAGGAUAUCCAGGCACAUAACUUUGGCAUGGUUGGUGAGGUCAUCGUGACAAAGGAUGACACGAUGCUCCUCAAAGGCCGUGGUGAUGCAUCAGCCAUUGAGAAACGUGUGACUGAGAUAGCCGAACAGCUGGAGAGCACAAACAGUGACUACGAGAAGGAGAAACUCAAUGAGCGUCUGGCCAAACUCUCUGAUGGAGUUGCUGUGAUUAAGGUUGGAGGAACAAGUGAUGUUGAAGUGAAUGAAAAGAAAGAUCGUGUCACUGAUGCUCUGAAUGCCACUCGUGCUGCUGUGGAGGAGGGAAUUGUUCCUGGUGGAGGCUGUGCCCUCCUGCGCUGCAUCCCAGCCCUGGAUGAUGUCAAGCCUGCUAAUGCUGAUCAGAAAAUAGGUAUCGACAUUAUUUGCAAAUCCCUGCGUAUUCCUGCUAUGACCAUUGCCAAGAAUGCAGGAGUUGAAGGCACUCUGGUGGUGGAGAAGAUCUUGCGGAGUGCUCCAGAGAUUGGUUAUGAUGCUAUGCUUGGGGAAUAUGUCAACAUGGUCGAGAGAGGAAUUAUUGACCCCACAAAGGUUGUGAGGACGGCGUUACUAGAUGCUGCAGGUGUUGCAUCUCUGCUGGCUACUGCUGAGGCUGUUGUCACAGAGAUACCCAAGGAGGAGAAGGAAAUGCCAGCUGGAGGAAUGGGCGGCAUGGGUGGAAUGGGAGGCAUGGGUGGCAUGGGAUUCUAAACCAUGCUUAAGUGACUUUAGUGGAAGGGGUGUGAGCAGGGGACAUGAUUUGCCCCUUCCCUUUGACUUGGAAAAAACCCUGCUGAAUCUGAGUGCUGGUGAUCUUGACAUGGAGGAAAGCAAUGGAAUUUAAAGUCUCCCUUCUACCACUGUGUCCGAUCUUAUCUCUAAGUUUGUGAUUGAAGACAUGACUCUACUGCUUUAAAGACCAGUUCUGAUAAUGUGACCAGAGGGUGUCUGCCUGCUUUGUUCUUUAACAUUGUGCUUACUGUUUCCAUCCAACCAUCAAAAACGCCUAAUGGGAAAGUGCAUUUAAUAUAUCCUUGAAUAUUGUCAUCCAAUUUUUGUAUGCCUCUGACCAUAUAGCUGGUUCUGAACCAGACCAUCUGUAGGGGCUUUCAAAAGCUAUAAUGUAGCUGGAACAUUUGACCAGUUGUAUCUGAAUUUAUUUGAUCAGUUAAUUUUUUGUACACAUCCAUGUUCAUUAUUUUGUAUAAAAAUAAACUUCUCAUUUGAGAAUUACACAUCUUUAAAUGUAUACCCUUUGUUUUGCUGUUCAAUUGGCCCUUUUAGUUGUUUUUCCAAUUAAGAACGUAUCAUUGAAUAGAAUGCUACAACAUCAGCUUGUCUAAUUUUUAGGUGUUCCUGGUGUCAUGUUUAGUCAUUGGGGGUUGAGCAUAUUUUGGUCAAGAUUAGAGUUGGAUGGGAAAACUGAGUGGAAGGUUGGGUGAACUUUGUUGCAAAGUAGUUUUGAAAUAACCAUACAAGAGCAUGCCCAAUAUACUUCAUACAAUAUCAGUGUGAGCUCAUUGUAGACAUCUAAUUCCGAGUAGUGGUACUGAGGUGUUUAAAAAGAAAACAAAUGUUGUUCAGCAAGAGAAUUGAGGAUAUUUUAAGUUACAUUCUACAUUAAUGUGCAUCAACGAUCAUUCAGUAAUGUUUUAUACAAUAUAGUUAUUACUGUUUUGUUUUAGUUUUUUUUUAAAUUUAAUA